CUUUUCCUCUUAUUUUCUCAUUCCUGUCUCCCCAACACUUUCUCUCUCUCUUUCCUUCUCUUUCCUUUCGUCCAAACAAGGGGCAGAUGAGUCGCCUGGCACCAUUGUCAGAGGAACCCAUUGACGAAGACUCCACAAACUGUUCGAAGAAAAGCCAUUCAUGGAAAAGCUGGCUCAAGGCUCAUUUCUCUCUUGUUUUUACUAAAAAGUCUGACCUCAAGGUCCUCUUAAGUGUUUUGGGUUGCCCUCUGUUUCCUGUUUCAGUCCACCCUGAAUCACCCAUCAACGAGGUAUCCUCCUCUGCACAAUACAUAAUACAGCACUUCAUAGCAGCAACAGGAUGCCGUAAAUUGGAAGGGAGAGUGAAAAAUGUUUUUGCAACAGGAAAGGUGACAAUGGCGAUGAUAGAUGAGCUUGGAGGCUCAACUGGUACGGUGUCUGGAACUGGUGGAGUUGCACAGAAAGGGUGCUUUGUAAUAUGGCAAAUGGUACCUAAUAAGUGGCUAAUUGAACUGGUUGUGGGUGGUCACAAGGUUGUAGCAGGUAGUGAUGGCAAUGUGGCUUGGCGCCACACACCGUGGCUAAAUGCACAUGCAGCCAAAGGUAGUGUUCGUCCUCUUCGGAGAGCUCUUCAGGGACUGGAUCCUCUGGCAGUAUCAGCUGUGUUUUCCUCAGCACAGUACAUGGGAGAGAAGCGGAUUUCAGGAACUGAUUGUUUUGUGUUGAAAUUGGCUGCUGAUCAAGCAGACUUGGCUGAAAGAAGUGAUAGCACUGCUGAGAUGAUCAAGCAUGCCGUAUUCGGCUACUUCAGCCAAAGAAGCGGGCUGCUGGUAUUUUUAGAAGACUCUUACUUAACAAGGAUUCAAUCACCUGGAACCCACCCCACAUACUGGGAAACUACAAUGGCUACAAAAGUUGAGGACUACCGGACAGUAGAGGGUGUGAUGAUUGCACAUGGUGGUCAGUCAAGUGUGAUCAUCACUAGGUUUGGGGACAAUUUAAAGGCAGGCCUCUCUGUUACGCGCAUGGAGGAAAUCUGGACCAUUGAUGAUCUUGCAUUCAACGUGCCUGGCCUCUCCAUCGAUUACUUCAUUCCUCCUAAAGAAGUACAGAAAGAUUUCCCAGAGGAGAAUCCUGGGUGGAGAUCACCAUUACAACAAUGACACACCAAUCUUGAUCUGCUGUUCCCAGUUUCUUCAAUAAGAGGAUUGCAUAUCAUUAACAUUACCCGGCAUAGGUGAUCACCAUUGGCAUGUAUAUACACAAUACAUAACAUAUAUUUUUGGGUCCUUUUUUUAUUUAGAACUUAAGAAUCAUUCUGUAUCACCCAUUUUGAGCAUAUAUGCAGAACAGAAACCCCUUUCUGUCAUCUUUAAAUCUUUGUACUUUUUGCUGAAUAUUUCUACGAAGUUGUACAUCACCCACCAUGUUAAUAUGA